GUUGUUGUUUAAAUCUCGGUCCUAUCGGUUCGCCACACCACAAACAGACCGUGCACAAAUAUGGCAGCGAGAGUGUUAAUCACGUUUGCCAUCCUGACCUUCGCUGGGCAGCUCACAGUGGGCCAGCAGGAACUGUCCGACCUGCCGGAAGUGAAGGGCUACAAGCUGCACUGCAUCGAAUCGAGCGGCAUUACGGAGUCAUCGGCAAAGAAGCUGUCCGCGGGCGAAACCAUCAAAGAUCCGGACCAACCAACGAAGUGUUUCGUGCAAUGUUUCUUCCAAAAGCUACGCCUGAUGGAUGAGAACGGUGUCGUGCUGAAGGACAAGCUGGAGGUGUUUCUCACCAAGCUGAUGGACGCGGACAAGGCGAAGGAUUACGUGAAGCAGUGCGAUCUGCGUCGGACGAACCCAUGCGAUACGGCGUACGCCGUGUACGAUUGCUACCUCGGCAAGAAGGCAAAAUUGUUUUAAGAAAGCGAAAACCCCGUGUCCCAAUUUUGCGACCGGCCCUUGCGACCAAAAAAAACAAAAUAAACAAAUUGUUUGUGGUUUUUUGUUUCGUUUUGUACCAC